GUUCGGGAUUCACACAUACACUUCAGAAUGCCGGGUCUAAGUUGUAGAUUUUAUCAACACAAAUUUCCUGAGGUCGAAGAUGUAGUGAUGGUGAAUGUAAGAUCCAUUGCUGAAAUGGGGGCCUAUGUCAGCUUGUUGGAAUAUAAUAACAUUGAAGGCAUGAUUCUUCUUAGUGAAUUAUCCAGACGACGUAUCCGUUCUAUAAACAAACUGAUCCGAAUUGGCAGAAAUGAAUGUGUAGUUGUCAUUAGAGUGGAUAAAGAAAAAGGAUAUAUAGAUUUGUCAAAAAGAAGAGUUUCUCCAGAGGAAGCAAUCAAAUGUGAAGACAAAUUCACAAAAUCCAAAACUGUUUAUAGCAUUCUUCGCCAUGUUGCUGAGGUAUUAGAGUAUACCAAGGAUGAGCAGCUGGAAAGCCUAUUCCAGAGGACUGCCUGGGUCUUUGAUGACAAGUACAAGAGACCUGGAUAUGGUGCCUAUGAUGCCUUUAAGCAUGCAGUCUCAGACCCAUCUAUCUUGGAUAGUUUAGAUUUGAAUGAAGAUGAAAGAGAAGUACUCAUUAACAAUAUCAAUAGGCGUUUGACCCCACAAGCUGUCAAGAUUCGAGCAGAUAUUGAAGUAGCUUGCUAUGGUUACGAAGGCAUUGAUGCUGUAAAAGAAGCCCUGAGAGCAGGUUUGAAUUGUUCUACAGAAACCAUGCCCAUCAAGAUUAAUCUAAUAGCUCCACCCAGGUAUGUGAUGACAACAACGACCCUAGAGAGGACAGAAGGACUCUCUGUUCUCAAUCAGGCUAUGGCAGUCAUCAAAGAAAAGAUUGAGGAGAAGAGGGGAGUGUUCAAUGUUCAGAUGGAGCCCAAAGUGGUUACAGAUACAGAUGAGACUGAACUUGCAAGGCAGCUGGAACGGCUUGAGAGAGAAAAUGCAGAAGUGGAUGGAGAUGAUGAUGCAGAAGAAAUGGAAGCCAAAGCUGAAGAUUAACCUUUUGGAAAACAGUCCAAUUUAAGGAGUACGAAGCAGCCCUUUCUGGCUGUAAACCCUAGACUUGAAAGUUUUCCAGUAUUGAAAACUUCAAAGCUGAAUAUUUUUAUUUCCAAGUAUUUAAGUAUUCGACAAGCCAGAAUCUAAAUGCCCUCCUUCAUGUCAGCUGUUUUCACAUAGUGGCUCUAACACCUCAAGCGUUUUUAAGGGAGUGGCUUGAUUUGACCAGAGACAAAUGUUAAACCGCAGUCCUAAAAUUGGGCUUGCGGUUUUCAUUUCUGAUGUCUCUGGAUUGGCACCCUUAUGGUUUAGAGAAUUACCAGGGGCUCCAGACACCAACAAUCCCAACCUUUCUAUAUAAAAUGUACUCAAGCAAACAUCAAAUAAAUUUCUGGGAUAUUU